AUGGCAGCCGUCCAGAUGCCAGCCGGCGGCGUCCCGGCCAUCUCCAUAAAAUCCUCCAACUUCCCCAUCCUCAUCGCCACCUACUCCAUCCUCAUCCAAAUCAUCUUCGCGAGUCUAUGGCAGUUCUUGGCCAACCUCGUUCUCCUCUGCCACGCGUUCCGGGGCGCUGAUGCGGGUCGCGCACGCUAUGUCGCUUUAGUCGCCUUCUGGAACUCGAGCAACCCCUGGACAGCCACAACCACGAUGGGGGCCUUCCUCUGCCAGGCCAUCAUUAACGGCGGAAACGGGCGAGUGUCCCGACCAGAAAAAUUCCACGGCAUCAUCCUCUUCCUCCUCUCCGCGACCAUCGCUUUUGGCGGAAUUGCCGCAUCGAUAUUCAUUCCCAACGCCAUGUCCCUUGGCCCUGCUGCGCCAGUCCACCCAAAAUCCGUCUUCCUCCCCGAGCUUGAAGACAUCGCAUCGUCAUCAAGCAUCCGUAUCAAUCGGCUGAACGCCCCCGCCAUAUUGCGUGCACUGGGGAGCACAGAGGCGUUUAAGGACGUGACUGCGAGGAAGAACGUCGAUACAGUGAAGACGACAUUGCCGGGUAGCAAUGCGACUCACCCACGGCAGCGGUACGAUUACCGGUACACCAUCACCGCAAGGGAGUUCGGGUUGCAAGCCCCUUUGGAGUUCUCGCAUAAAGUCCAGGGAUCCUGCAGCACCGAAUAUAAUUGGCUCCGUCCUGUCCCAGACAUUGCAGACCCAGCACGGUUUAACGGAUACGUUCCAUUCGACCUCGACCCCGUGGAGCCAAUCCUGUUAGACCCAACCGACAACAUGACCGCUUUGUGGACCCAGCCAAGCAUGGGGAUUGAAUACCACCCCUCGGAUGAGGACCUGACGAUCACGAACCGCUCAUUUGCCCUGAUCCCCCAACUCGCACACGCCGGGAGUAUCACGGCCAGUACAGAUCCAUGGUACCUUACCGAACCGUUCAAUUCGGAAACUGUGGGGUUCCUGGGGUACCGCAUCAAAUCCAGUCGCCCAGCCAUGUCCUGUUGGGAAGAAUCCCUCCUCUGCCUACACAAAACCUGUACAUCCGUAGACGGCAUCAAAAAAACGCCUCUCCCCAAGGGCCUCCGCAUAAUUGUCAUGGGCAAAUUCUCCAUUCCCGUACUUACCAAUAUAAUCCUAUUAGCUGGACCUGCGGCGCUUAAAUCCGUCGCUGGUAUUGGGGGACAGGACUCCUGGACUGUAUUCCGCGAGACUGCGCUGUUGGGCCCACAAGCAGGAAUGAGCAACAUCCUCGAAUCCGCGAACGGUGACCUCUUUCCCGGGUCUGCGGACUUUGUCAUGUUGACGGGUGAUGUCACAGCGAUAUCUUAUUCCUCCCUCAUUGCUAUACCCGUGACAUGUCUUGCUGUCACACUCCUUGCUGCAAUGCUCCCACUGGUGAGGAAAAUGGUUUUAAAAGCACCUACCACUAAUCGAAGACACGCGUCCGUGACGUAUGCUGCCCUCUGCGCAGGGUUGAGGGCCACUCAGUUGUAUAGGAUGGUGGAUGAGAAAAUACUCUGCACGCCAGAUUGGGUUAAUAGGAAGAACAUUAUUCCGUUGCCACCACCCGCUGAGACAAUGGCGAGGGUGUUGGUUCCGUCUUUUGUUGGAAACGCAGUGGAGUUUCGGGAAGACGGGGAAGACGGGGAAGACAGAGAUGGCGGGGAUCGUUGUCGUUUGACAGGCGCAGACGAUAGGAGAAGAGACAGUUCUUCUAUUGAGAUUCCGAGUGAGGAUAGAGUUAGGCUUGAUAUUUUGGCACCUCCUUGA